AUGGAGGUCGAUCACGACUUGGUCAUGGUGGAUGAGUUUGAUGCUCUCGCCAUCGAAGUCAAGCUCCCGAAAGCACACAAGAAGAAUUCGUCGUCGGGUUCUUCAUCCCCGACGUCGCCGGCAACCCGCGGGAACAACAAGCGGUCCGCCUCCUGGACCGACUACGGCACCCCUCCCAACGCAGCCUGGCUUCACGAGAAGAUCAAGUUUCCCGCCAAAACCCACGUCACAAAAGUGGCUUCCAAGCUGCCCCCCACCGCCAACGGCAUCAUCUACCUCCCCGGGGCCGAAGACAAGUACUACGAGGACUCGGACCAAGGCCCCGCCUUCCGCCAGCGCCGCCACUUUUACUACCUCACCGGCGCCAACUUUCCAGGCUGCGCCGUCACUUAUGAUCUUCACAAGGACCACCUCAUCCUCUGGAUCCCCUACACCGACCCCCGCACCAUCCUCUGGUACGGCCGCACCCCGACCCUGGAAGAAGUCAGGGCGUCCACCGACGUCGACGAGGUCCGGUACGUGGCCGGUGUGAACAGGUACAUCUGCGCCAGCUUGACCCCGGGCGCGUCCAUCUACGUCCUCCACCCCGAUCAAGCCCCCCAGCUGGAAUCCCCCAAGGGCGUCGUGCAGAUUGACACCCACUCCCUUCGCCCCGCGAUCGAGAACGCGAGGGUUGUCAAGACGGACUAUGAGAUUGCGCAGAUUCGGCGGGCGAAUGCGGUUUCCUCGGCCGCGCACAGGGCUGCCUUGUCACGGCUGAGUCGUCUCGGCAACGAGCGGGAGCUGGAGGCUAUUUUCGCAGGGUAUUGUAUUGCUCAGGGGGCGCAUACGCAGGCGUACCCCAUCAUUGCCGGUGCCGGGCCGGCGGCGUCGACGCUUCACUACGACAGCAACAACGCGCCGCUUAAGCCGCAUCAGUUUGUGGUUUUGGACGCGGGGUGUGAGUGGAAUUGUUAUGCGUCUGACAUUACGAGGACGUACCCUAUUCUAGGGAGCUUUUCGGCAGAGGCGAAGGCGAUUUAUAAUGCUGUGCUAAGGAUGCAGAGGGAGUGUGUUGAGAGGAUCAAGCCUGGGGUUGUCUACUCUUCGUUGCAUCUCCACGCUUGCAAGGUGGCGAUUGAGGAGCUGUUGAGGCUGGGGAUUUUGCACAACGGGACCAAGGAGGAGAUUCUGGCCAGGGGGACGAUAGCGGGGUUUUUUCCUCAUGGGUUGGGACACCAUGUCGGGUUGGAGGUGCAUGAUGUUAGUGGGAGGGAGAGGUUGCUGCUGGAUAGCAAGGGCAGUUUGGGUCCGGCGGGUGGGGUGAAGAGUGCGAGGUGUAGGUUGAGUCCGAGCAAGAGGGAGCUGGUGCUGCCGGAGACGUUGGCGGUUAUGUUUAGGGAUGAGAUGAAGGAGGGGGGUGGUGGGGAUGGGCAGGGGAAAGGGGUGGUGCAGAUGCAGAAGGCCAAGAGGUCGGCUGGGGGUGGGAGGCAGAGGUUGGAGGAGGGGAUGGUGGUUACUGUUGAGCCGGGGAUUUACUUUUGCAAGGAGUACCUCAGGGCUUACUUCCUUGACGUUCCGUACCACGCUCACUUUAUCAACAAGAAGGCGUUGGAGCAGUACUGGGAUUUGGGAGGGGUGAGGAUCGAGGACGAUAUCCUGGUUACCAAGACUGGGUACGAGAAUUUGACGGAUGUGCCGAGGGAGAUUGAGGAGGUGUUGAAGGUUAUGAAUCCCAGCUGA